AUUGUGGGUCAAUGGGUGUGUAAGGGGGCGUGUGCCUAACGAAGGAAAAGUGUAGUUGAAGAAAAGAGCGAGUGUUUUAGAACCUGAAGGGGCUGAGUGCUGGCCUCACAGCGGCGCCGAAUAUGGAAGAGCUAUUAAAUUCUUUUACAAAAGACUGGAUUGCGUCAAGCCAAGUUGUGCCUCCUUCUAUUCCAUAUGUGGAGAUUAUUGAACAGCCAAAGCAGCGAGGUAUGAGAUUUCGGUACAAAUGUGAGGGACGCUCCGCGGGAAGCAUUCCUGGAGAGCGAAGUACAGAUACAACUAAAACUCAUCCCACUAUAAAGGUAAACAAUUACCAAGGGCCAGCCCGUAUAAGGAUAUCGCUGGUUACAAAAGAAGCACCCUAUAAACCACAUCCUCAUGAACUUGUCGGAAAAGAUUGCAAAGAUGGUUACUAUGAGGCUGACCUGUCACUUGAUCGUAAUAUUCACAGUUUCCAGAAUUUGGGCAUUCAGUGUGUGAAAAAGAGGGAAGUGGAUGAUGCCAUCGCACAACGAAUUCAGACAAAUAAUAAUCCCUUUAAUGUACCUGUUGAAGAUCUGAAGUCUGACUAUGACUUGAAUACAGUCUGUCUUUGCUUUCAAGUUUACAUACGUGAUCAGUCGGGAGUUCUCGCUCCACUUCAAUUUGUGGUUUCUCAGCCAAUUUAUGAUAAUAGAGCCCCUAACACCGCUGAACUGAAGAUUUGUAGAGUGAAUAAGAACUCCGGGAGUUGCUUGGGAGGUGAUGAGAUAUUUUUACUGUGCGAUAAAGUGCAAAAAGAAGAUAUUGAGGUUGUGUUUGUACAUGGAAACUGGGAAGCACGGGGGUCGUUUUCCCAAGCAGAUGUUCACAGGCAGGUAGCUAUAGUCUUCAAGACUCCCCCCUACCAAGAUCCAGAAAUCCAUCAGCCUGUGAAAGUCCAGAUGCAGUUGAGAAGGCCAUCUGAUAAAGAAGUGAGCGAACCUAUGGAGUUUCAGUAUCUACCAUAUGAAGGUGAUCUUCAUCAUAUUGAUGAAAAAAGAAAGAGAACUUUGGAAAGUUUCAAGCAUAUUGUAAAAAAAAGCCCUUUUGCUGGGGGUGAAGUGAAGAACCAACGAAAAAUUGCUGUUCCUGCACGCAACUUUGCAAAGACAGAACCUUUAGCAACAACUGUUCAAAGAAACACUCCGAUGUCAAUGCAGAUGACUCCCUCAGGCUCUCAGUACCCAAUGCCAAUGGUAAAAAUGGAUACAUCAAAUCCAAUGACCCCCCUCUUCACUGUAAAUGCUAAUGAUUUCAGCAGCCUGGGAUUCUCACCUCUACCUUCUGCACCACAGCCUUCAGCAUCAGUCGAUGAACGUCUGGACUCUAUGUUGGGCUACCCUUCCUUUACAGAUGAUGGAAAUCUUGACCUAGUAAACAUGCUGCAGAAUGACCCUGACAGCCAUUGUGCAAGUCUUAGUUCUAUUGACAAUAGUGAUUUUGGACAACUUCUGAGCGAAUCUCAGUCUUCAAGUACUCUUUCACAAGGUCUUCAUGAGCCUGGGAGCAGCCAGAAUACCCUCAUGGCUUAUCCUGAAUCUAUUGCUAGGCUCAUGACUGUUGGACCCAGCGAGGAGGCAGGUGGUAGUGAGAAUUCAGAAAGGCUUGAGAGUGCUCUAAUGAAUGGGAUUUUUGAUAUGCAGCAGGGAGAAAGUUUAAAUUCUUUUUUGGAUCUGGACUUUGCAUCUUUUAUGGGUGCCAUGAAAUGAAAUGUAUUCUUAUGAAGGCACUAUACUCAGCUCAGUAAACAUUGAGCAAUAUACAUUCGCCUACCUGGAUCUCAAGACAACAGUGGCCAACAGAACCGUAUUGGUGUUGUGUUGGUCAUACUGGAACUCGGACUGUGCUGGCCCAUUAAAAUUUGAAUCAGUUUGUGAAGUUUUUGCAGAAGCUGGACAUUCUUUAAAUUUUCAACAGAAGGCACAGUUUUCAUCAACUAGGAAGCUUUUUUUGCACUGAUACACCCAAAUUUUAUCAUUUGGAGUGCAGACCUUUGAAUAAAUAUUUCUUAAUUCCUUUCUGUCUUCAUCAUCAUAUCCCUAGAAUAAGUUUAUUGUAUGCACUGGACUUCUACUGUCUCAAACCAGCAUGUAUAAUAUAUGGUAUAUAUUUAGUAAGAAUCAGUCUUAUAAAUAUGUUUGGUGUUCUGAUUUGUAACAAACCAGUAUAUUUCAGUCUCAUGAUGUAGCGUUUUUUUUUUUUCUUCUUUUUUUCUAGUUGAAGCUUUUAGAGGUUCACUUAUUGAGAUUAGCUGAACUUUUCUAAAUAAAUUACUAGUACUCUUCAUAUUUAUAAAGCUAACCCCAAAUGCCGUAACCUUCUAAUUGAUUCAGAUUAUGAAAUUCAAGGUUAAGAGUUCCCUAACUAGAUCUAUGGGUAUGGUAGCGGCCUCUUUUAAAGGUGUUCUCAUCUCGCUGUUACUACGGUGAGAAGACUCCAAACCCUUGCCCCCAUGCAGCCCAUAAACACCACUGCGGGCCUGUACUGUGCUGCUUCCGUAGGGACCUAUAGUGUAUCGGAGCUACCCAAACAACGUAGCACAGCAGGCUAUGCUGUUUGCCAACUCUGGAACCAAUUACCAUAGAGUUUGGACUGAGGUUACAGUGGUUUCAACAUACAAUGGUUGUUCCGAAACCAAUUAUUUUGCCUAAAGGGAUCACUGUACAUGCUUGUUGACCUACAAUCAUGUAAAUAUAUCUAAAAAAAAAAUGUAAAUAUAAAUUUUAUGUAAAGGUGAUGCAUAUUACUUAUAUAAUUAUUAAUAAAUAAUCCAAAUAUUUCCUUCUGGUAUUGGCUGCUUUGGCAGAAAACAAUCUACUAGUUUCUGACAGACUGUUUUUCCAGUGUGGAGCCUGCAUAUUCAGUCUGACUAAUCAUUGCGGACAGUGUCAAAGUCUCUCUAAGGGGAUAGGUCUACCUAGCUUGAUGUAGUUCUGCAGCUUCUGGUGUGCAUCUUCGUUGGCUUAUUUGCGAUAUUUUCUCUUUCCCCAAUGAGGCUUCGGUCAGAAAACUCUGACCAUCAGACUAGCCUGGCUCUGCAUGAUAUUUUAGGAUAUAAUCAUAUCUCGAGACCACGUAAUAGAGUUCAUUCCAGGCCAAAGAUUUCAGACUGAAACAUCUUCAAGAAGAAGGUAGCAACAUAGCGCAGACAGGGUCUGGAGGAAGCUGGCCAGAAAAUGCUGCACUACAUCAAAGUAGAAGAAUCCCCCUAUUGACUGUUCUGCCACGGUGUGCAAUUGUUGGACAGCGUUACACUGAAUAUACAGACUCCAUCCCCAGAGAAUUUCUGCCCCAAUGGUCACCCGAGUGUACCAUAUAAAGUAGCAAAAGAAAGAGGGGAUAUAACUUGUGAACAGGAGGUCCAGUUCAAAUUUUUUUUUAAACGCAGUACAUAGGGCAACAGUUGCAAUAAAAUAAGUCUUUAAUUGGUAAAGCUCAUGAAAGGUCCCCUUUAAAACAUAACUUUUCUUAAUAUAAUUAUUUUAAUGAAUUAAGUAUGUUUAAACGUUUUGCGAGGCACGUAACUGUACUAUAACGUAUCACAAUCCAUCACACAGGGUUUAGAUGGGAAACUGUAAGCCGGUUGUGGUAUGUAACACGAUCCAAACCACUUGUCACGUAGCAGGGCUACUUGCUAGGUAGGCUUAUGCUGUUGAAUCAGGAUAUGGCUUUUACAGGCCAUGGAAGCUGUAUCAAGCCAUUAUUUUAAAUGAAAAUUCCUUUAGGGUCAUUGUAGGGUUAGUUCAGCCACUUUACAAACUACACAUUUUAUACAUAUGUUGACAUUUUCUCAUUUUAAUGCUUAGAAUAAAAAAAAGUUCUCAUACAUUGGUGACAUCAUUGUCUGAGACGAGGCAACUCCUUUAAGUUAAUUAAUAAUUCUGUGAAAUGGUGCUUUCAGCAGUGGGUAUCAUGUAUACAGGGGACAUCUUUUUUCCCAUGUGUUUAACCCUUAAGAUGCCAUGGCCAAAAGUGACUGCUACAGGAUCCCAGGCCUGUCAUGUCUGUGCCAGACAUGAUAUAUUGCAGUGUAUUAUGGAAGUAAUCAAAGCAUUGUUUUAAUGAAGUUCUAUGUACCCUAGAAUGGUGCCAUGAAAACUAAACCCCCUCCCACAAAGCAACAACAUUUUUGUAUACAACUAUACAAGAAUGUGUCGAGAAAACAUUGGUAUUACAGUUAUAAUGACAAACUGUAUAAAAUGUAUAAUUUAGGUCUACUUCAUAUUUCAGUGUUUUGAUCGGUGAUUUUUAAUUAGACUUGAGUGAAUCGAGCUUCGAACAUAAAUCCGAAGUCGAUUCAUUCAAACACUUUGUUUUAAUGCUGUCCAGAGACCUGUCUCCAUACAGCAUUAAAAUGUAUUGUCUCCUUGGAGGCAAAAUUAGUUUCAACCGGUCACGCAAGACUUCUGUCUAUGAAUUCUGCAUCUUCAAAAACAUUUAUAAUUCAGAAUCCAAAGUCUGGGUUCGAUACCGGCUGGUACCUCGAUACUAAACCAGACUUCAGAUUUACUAUCUCAAAAUGUUUUUUAAAGACUCAGAAGGUAUUAUCGAAUUCAUUCGCUGAAGUCUCGCAUGACUUCAGCAGAAACAAAUUCUGUGAUCCGAAGCUCGAUUCGCUCAACACAAAUUUCUGUCAAUGAUUGGGAGCCAAAACCAGGUGUGGUUAAACACCGAACAGGUGCAAAUCUUUCAAAUAUACCCGAUCUCAGUGUAUCCUCGACUCCUAGUUUUCGCUAACAAUCAUUGAUACAAAACACUGACGUGAACUACUCUUUAUAUUACAUGGUGUACUAUUUUCAAAACAGAUCCUGAAGGAGGAAGUAUAAAAAAAAAUUAUACCAAAAUAUCUGUACCCCUAGUUAUUAUCUAAAUGUGGGUAAAUGCAAAAAAAUAUCACCACAUACUGGUCAGAUUAAGUGAUACAUUCUCUGUAUACGAUGUUUAAAUGAUCAAAUAUUGAUAUGUCCUUUUAAAAAAAUAAAAUAAAAAAUUAUUUGCUUGA